GCACAAACAUCAAGUGGAGCUGGACAUAUUGGGGCUAUUUCUUCUCUACCGGUAUAACCCAGUAUAAGAAUUUCCAGCCCUGUAGCUGUUCCCUGAAGGAGUGCCAAACUGUGACAAAGGAAAGGAGCCAUAUGACAGGGUGCACUACACACACCUUGGCAUGGAUUGGCGAAUUGUGGGCGUACGAGACACCCAAGGUCAUUGUGGUGAAGAACCGUCAACUGGGGACCAUUUACAGGCUGCUGCAGCUACUCAUAAUUGUGUACUUUGUAUGGUAUGUGUUUGUGGUUCAGAAGGGAUAUCAGGCACGGGAGACUGGACCUGAAAGUGCCGUCAUUACUAAAGUCAAAGGGGUCUCUGUAUCCAAAGCUCUCAGAGGCCUAAGGAGGAUUUGGGAUGUAGCCGAAUAUGUGAAGCCUCCUGAGGGGGGCAGCAUUUUCACUAUUAUCACCAGGACAGAAAGCACCAAACUACAGACUUUGAGGACCUGUGCUGAGAGUAGGAAUGUACCUGAAGCUCAAUGCAUUUCUGAUGAGGACUGUAUAAAGGGAGGGAUGCAUAUACUUGGUAAUGGGCAGCAGACAGGGAGCUGUAUCCUGGCUGGCAAAGGAUCACUAAAAACCUGUGAGAUCUUCGCAUGGUGUCCCCUGGAAGAUGAAAGCGUGGCCAGUGAAUCCUUGCACGAAUUUGUGCCAAACUUCACAAUCUUAAUCAAGAAUGUCAUUCACUUUCCUCAGUUUGGUUUUUCCAAGGGCAACAUAGAGGGUCAGAGCUUCCUGAGGAACUGCACUUAUCAUCCCAUCAACUCACCUUUAUGUCCCAUUUUUACUGUGGGGUUCAUUGUGAGUGAGGCUGGGGCAAACUUCACUGAGCUGGCAUAUAAGGGUGGAAUUAUCGGGGUGAUUAUUAAUUGGAAUUGCAAUCUGGAUUUACACCCCUCAAAAUGCCGUCCACAAUAUUCUUUCCGGCGUCUUGACCUGCAGAACAAACUGUCAUCCGGCUACAACUACAGGUAUGCUAAAUAUUAUAAUAGGAAUGGCACAGAGUCUCGCACCCUCAUUAAGGUCUAUGGCAUCCGCAUUGACGUAAUUGUGCAUGGACAGGCUGGAAAAUUCAGUCUCAUUCCGACCAUAAUUAACUUGGCCACAGCCCUGACAUCUGUUGGUGUAGGAUCUGUGCUCUGUGACUGGAUAUUGUUGACUUUCAUGAACAAGGACCAUAUGUACAGCAUCCGGAAAUACGAUGAGAUUUGGAAGGCACAGGAGCCAAAUCCUUCUACAUUAACCACAGUCAGCUCCCCGCAAUCCUCUGCAACAUCUCAGUCUCUCAGCACCUCUCAUGAAACACCGUAUAAAGAUAGAAGCCCUGCAACUGACAGCCCAGCAUUACAAGACCAACAACCUCAGUCACAGAGCGAGGGGACAGAACCCGCUCCUGGGAGCUGAUACAGAAAUUUCCCCUUCUCUUGACCAUGGAAUUGAAAGUUAAAUAAAGCAUUGAUAGUUAAGUGUUCUCAGCCCAAUGCCCAAUAUAUGUUCUGGAGCAUGGAGAGGAGACAAAAAAUAAUUGGGGUAGCAAAAGGUUUUAUAAGGGCAAGA